AUGAUCAAAAGAUUGCUUGAUAAAUUGGAAAGUAGGAUUGAUUAUCUAGAAAUGUUGAUUGGUUCAUGGGACUCUCAGCUAGAAAAUCAAAAAAAUAUUUUGACAUCGCUUGAUUUCUUGGAAGAAGCGAUAGCAUCAAUCUAUUUAGAUAACUUUCAGUUAAGUGAUGAUGUAUAUCAUUCUUUGAAUAGUAUAAUAUCUCUGGAAAUGACAGACCUGAACAAGGACCAUCAUCAGGAACAUUUGCACUACUGCAUCUCCUUGUAUUAUGAAGAUAUGAAAAUAAUGAAUGAAAAACUAAAACAAAUAGAUGACCUUUACUGUAAUAGAUUUUUGAAAAAUAUAGAGAGAUUUAACGAUAUUCCUUCCAAUCAACUACUCAUGGUUUCAAAUCUCACAAGAAAUUAUUAUAGAUUGAGGCAAAUUGUGAUGACUCAAAACCGCUUGGUUCUACAAGCAAUCAGUUUGGUAAGAAAAUUUAUAGAUAAAUCAUUAGUGACUACUGAUUAA